AAAUUCGAUGAUCCGGCAUCAUGCUAAUAGCAAAGCCAAUUGCUCUUCUAAUCGCCACCGUAAGCAGCACUGUUUUGUUCAUACUCUUCUCCCGGCCAAACCAUUCUCCAACACCAGAGUCCAUGGCUCGGAGCUUCGUUCUGUGGCUUCAUGGGUUGGGCGAUUCCGGCCCAGCCAACGAGCCCAUCAAGACCCUCUUCACCUCCCCGGAGUUUAGGAACACCAUCUGGUCCUUCCCAUCUGCUCCCUCAAACCCAGUAACAUGUAACUACGGUUCUGUGAUGCCUUCAUGGUUUGACAUCCACGAGAUUCCUAUAACAGCUAAUUCUCCAAAAGAUGAAAGUGGUCUUCUCAAAGCAGUUAGGAACGUGCAUAAGAUGAUAGACAAGGAGAUAGCUGCUGGCACUAAUCCUAAAAAUGUGUUUGUGUGUGGAUUCAGUCAAGGAGGUGCCUUGACAUUGGCAAGUGUUCUGCUAUACCCUCAAACACUAGGAGGUGCUGCAGUCUUUAGUGGAUGGCUUCCUUUUAAUUCAUCUAUAAUACAACAAAUUACCCCAGAGGCAAAGAGGACACCUAUCUUGUGGUCUCAUGGGAUUGCUGACAAAACUGUCUUGUUGGAAGCUGGACAAGCAGGUCCUCCGUUCCUUGAACAAGCCGGUGUAAGCUGUGAGUUUAAGGCUUAUCCUGGUCUUGGCCAUUCCAUAAGCAACGAUGAGCUCAAGCACCUGGAGUCAUGGAUAAAACCUCGUCUACAGAGUUCUUCUUGAAGAUCCGUAGGGAAUGCAUGCUGUUAAUUACAACUGAAAGAACGCAGAAUUCCAGUUAUAUUGUCUUAUUUGGGUAAUGUCAUAUUGAUGUUUAACCUUUGUUUAUGUCAAAUUAGCACUGUUUUGAAUCUGAUUAUCGGAGGAAAGCUACAAGUAGCUCUUCAUGGUUACCUUGCCUUGCUCUGUUUAUCAUUGUUGUGCGGUGUGAACUUUCUUGUGCAAAUUGUUCACUAUUUGAAGUUAACAUAAUAUUUCAAAA